AUGCCUCGGCUGGCCACCGGCGGAUGCGAACCCUCAAACCGCGCCAAGGGCACGAGCGACAUCACGAGUGUCACCUGCGGCAAGACCACCUACACGCGCGACCAGAUCGAGGAUGCCGUCUUCGAGGGCUGCCGCCUGCACGCCGCCGGCGAGCAGCUGGGCAACAGCCGCUACCCUCACCGCUUCAACAACCGCGAGGGCCUGACCUUUUCCACCUCGGGCCCCUACCAGGAAUUCCCCAUCCUCUCCAACGGGAAUGUCUACUCCGGCAAAAAUAAACACACGACACUAACACCCACCCCAGGAUCCCCCGGCGCCGACCGCGUUGUCUUCAACCCCGAUUACCAAGGCAGCUGUGUGUACGCGGGCGCCAUGACGCACACGGGCGCGCCCACCCGCAACGGCUUUGUCGAGUGUGAGGAGGAGACCGGCGGCAGCGACAGCGGCAGCGGCAGCGGCAGCGGCACCACCUCCUCGGUCAGCCCCAGCCGCACUACCAUCUCCGGUACGGUGUCCGGGGCGGCGCCGACGGCGACGGGGACGGGGGAGCCGGAGGAUAAUGCGGCUGCUGUUAAGGGGGUGAUGGGGAUGGGGGUGCAGGGGGUGGUGGUGGGGUUGGUGGGCGGGUUGUUGUGGUUGUAG